UCAUACUUAUUAAAGAUGAAUUUCGCUAAGAUAUUCUUCUUUGUGGUCUCUUGUUUCUUGGCUUUGGCUGCCGUGUCCGCGGCCCCGGAACCACGUUGGAAGCCAUUGAGAAAAUUGGAGAAACUAGGCCAGCGAGUUCGAGACGGCGUCAUCAAAGUCGGCCCUGCUGUGUCCGUUAUAUCUGAUGCUCAAGGUGUUCUUAAACAAGGUUAAUAAGCAACAAGUCUGGUUUAACCAACGUCAAAUCAUUUAAUUUAAAGUCAUUAUCAUCGUUAGUGAACAACCAAACUCCAACAGAAUGUCACAAUACAAGUGUAGAACCAACUGUAGUUACAGAACCAGUAGCAAAUACGUCAUUUACUGGACAUCGACGCCGAUGACGUUUAUUAGAACCUGUAGAUAGUUCUCAGGUGUAUCUAAAUAUUAUCUACAGGUGUAACUAAAAAGUUUCACCAUACUUAACUAGUCAUCGUAUCUUAUAUUAUAACAAACGUGACAUUUUUUGGGUGUCACGUACAUACUGUCACGAAGAAAACAAAAUUGGGAAUUUCCUUUUUUUUCUGGUUUCCCAUAGCCCAUAGAACAAAAAAGCAAAAUUUUGUUUGAGAAUAUUUUUUUACUAAAGAUUUUUGUUACUACUCAUAGAAGCCGGUCCCUAAAAUACUGCAUAUCUUCUAUUAUCAGAUUAUGGUCGUUUAACUCUUAGACCAUAAUAAUAUUACAAAAUAGUUUCCCUGCUACUACAUUGUUUUUCCCGAUUUAUAAUACUUGGUCAUCGAACUACAUCAUACAGCUGUGUUCUGGUUUGCUAAAGGUCUUCACCAUUCCAUUACAAUUUACAAAUGUAUUAAUUUAUAAAUAAUUUAUUCAAUGUAAAUAAAGUAUGUUUUCAUC